AGGAGUGUAGUGAUGGUAACCCCGCAACUUUAAAAUUAAAGUGACAUUGUGAUUGUUGACAAAUGUAUUACUUGUUUACCAAAAUGCCUUUGGAGUUUUUAUUUGGCCAUCGCAAAACACCGGAGGAAAUGCUCCGCCAAAAUCAAAGAGCCUUAAAUAAAGCUAUGAGAGAUUUAGACAGAGAAAGAACAAAGAUGGAACAACAAGAAAAGAAACUGAUUGCUGAUAUUAAAAAAAUGGCAAAAGAUAGUCAGAUGGAUGCUGUGAAGAUAAUGGCUAAAGAUUUGGUCAGAACAAGGCGUUAUGUCAAAAAGUUUAUUUUGAUGCGAGCAAACAUUCAAGCUGUGUCACUGAAAAUCCAAACAUUGCGUUCUCAAAAUGCAAUGGCCCAAGCUAUGAAAGGAGUAACAAAGGCCAUGCAAGCAAUGAAUAAACAGCUGAACUUGCCACAGAUUCAAAAGGUCAUGCAAGAGUUUGAAAAACAGUCGGAGAUUAUGGAUAUGAAAGAAGAGAUGAUGAGUGAUGCAAUUGAUGAUGUUAUGGGAGAUGAAGAAGAUGAAGAGGAAGGUGAGGCCCUUGUAUCACAAGUUCUAGAUGAAUUAGGUUUGCAACUUUCUGAAAAGUUGACUGGUCUUCCAACAGAAGCUGGAUCACUUAAUGUAUCUGCCCAGAAAAAUAAGCCCACUGCAGCACUAGCCGAUGCUGAUGCAGAUCUUGAAGCCCGUCUAGAAAACCUCCGAAGAGAAUGAAUAUCUCAAACAAGAGAAAGUGGUCAAUCCUGAUUGAUUGAAGUUAUAUUACCACCAGGUUUGCUCAGUAUUGUGUGGAAGAGCAGUCAUGUUAAAAUAUUUUGGAAAAUCUCUUCCUUAUUAAUCAACUGAAAAUAUGUACUGUACUGGCCAGAGAAAAGAGAAAUAAUACAUAGAUGAAACUUGUGUAAAAUGUUCCAUACAUUUUACUGCAGAUAUUAUUAAUCAAACACAUAAAAUGAUGAAAUACUGGUGGUUAAUCACCAAUUAUACAGUUUCAUUUUCAUACAAGUUCUUUUUUUUUUCAAAUUGUUGUUCAUAAUUGUUUUACAGGGAAUGAGGUCAAUUGUAUUCAAUGUUUUCAAAUAAUUGUAAAACGUUUUAGUAGUUAAUGAUACUUUGCAAUAAAAAGUAAAAUAUCACAACUGGUUUUCCUCAUUUUUAAAAGAUCCGAUUAAAUCAAUUUUAAAACUUUUUUUGUUCAUAUGUAGCAAACUGUGAUGUUUUUUCUGUAGUUCUAAAAACUUAGAGACAAAAAAAUAUAGGUAUUCUUUAUUUUUGUAAACAUUUGAAAUUAUCCAUGAUUUGCUUGAUCAAAUAUUUAGAAACUUAAAUUUAUGUACAA